GUGUUAGUUGUUAACUCUUUCUGACAUAUUUCGAUUAACUAUUGCUCACAAUCAAAUUUAUCUAUAAUUACAUUAUCGCUAUUUUAAAUACAAUAAUAUACCAUUUAGUACAUUAUAUUAAAAUAUAACGUUUUAGUAAUGAGUUCAAAAACCUUUAAAUAUCUUCGUCGCGAAGGUGCGUCGUCUCGAUAUUGCUGUGUCCCGUCCUGUAAAAUGUCCUCAAGAUUUAAUUCUGUGAUUAGUUUCCACAGUUUCCCUUUGAACAAAGAAACGCGCAAAAAGUGGCUUCAGAAUAUCCGGCGUGAGGAUUGUAAGGUCAGUCCUAAUACAAGAGUCUGCAGUCGACACUUCAGGACUGAUGAUUUUAUUGAGCAGUCGACUCCCACAUCGCGCCGCCUGCUGAAGAAGGGUGCCGUGCCCACGCUGUUCACGAGGAACAUCUCGAACACUUCAGCACCAAAGCGCACCGGGUUAUGGAGGAGGAGACGCGUCCCGUCUCCUUUAAAACAAGAUUCUGUGCCCACGGGCUUCCAGCAUCAGGAGCAUGAUUAUUGUUCAUCUCUCGUCCAGGAUCAUCUGGAAGUGGAUGAGACCGAAGUCCUCCGACAGGAGGUCGAGCGCCUGAAGAGACAGGUUGCAGAGUUGUCUGUCCUUCAGAGGUUUUGUUUGGGGCGAUUUGCUGCAUCUGACGAUGACAUACGGUUUUACACCAGGUUUGCAACUUACAACCACUUGAUGGCGUUCUGGAGACUCAUUGAGCCUGCGUCCCACAACAUGGUUCGUUUGACCAGAGUCAGGACAGCUACAAUGAGCGAAGCUGGAGCAUCAGGCAGUACAACUUGUCAGUCCAUGCAGCCCAUAGAUGAGUUUUUCCUCUUCAUGGUCCAUCUCUCAGUUGGUCUAACAGAGACAGAUCUAGCCCACAGAUUCAAUAUCCAUCAGUCUGCCGUGAGUCCAAUCAUUACAAGCUGGGCCAAUUUUCUCUACGCCAUUCUUGGAUCGGUGCGCAUCUGGAUGUCUGAGGAGGCGGUCAAGGCUCACAUGCCAAAGGAGUUUCAGGACUAUCCAGACACACAUGUUGUGAUAGACUGCAUAGAGCUGCGUUGCAAAACACCAACCUCUCUCCUGCUUCAAGGUGAAGGGUCCCAUUGCACCUACAAGGGUUUAAUCGGCAUGGCACCACAUGGUGCAGUCACUUUUGUGUCAUCCGUGUGUGCAGGAUCUGUCAGUGACAAGGAGCUUCUGAAGCAGUCUGGGAUUGUGUCACUCCUGAAACCUGAAAUGGCCAUUAUGGUCAACAAAGGGUUUUUUAUAGACAACUGUGUACUGUGCAAAGUUUACCGACCUUCCUGUCUGCUUAAGAAGGAACAGAUGCCGGCUGAGGAAGUGAGGGAAACUCAGUCCAUUGCUCGGCUCAGGGUCCACAUUGAGCGUCUUGUCGACAGGGUGAAGCAACACAAGCUGUUGGACACAGUCAUUCAUCUCUGCGACACCAGGACCAUCAACCAGCUAUACACUGUUGGUUGCCUCCUUAUAAACUACCAGAAUGGCCCCUUGUUAAAAGCAUGGGCAAAUGAUUAAAGACCAGGCAAAACACUUGCUGCUGGAGGAUAGAUCAAAGGACUGUAAUGUAAAUGUGUAGAUAAAAAUAAAUGUGCAAAUAUAAAUAACUUUCAUAGUGUUUCUGUAAACACAUAAAAGAUUUUAUGAACCUUUUCUUGUAUGCCACUGUUAUGUAAACGUAAAUAUAAAAAACUUUGAUACUGUGUUUAUAUACCUAGUUUUAUUUAUGUUUUAUGAAGUUGUUUAUAUUUCUACAGAAACACUGGAUCAAAUAGAUAAAUGCACCUAUGUACCUUUUAUACAAUGUUUCUGUAAACAUGUGUAUAUAUAAAUAACUUUGAUUAGUGUUUAUCUAAAACAAACAAAAACGUUAUAGUGUGUUUUCUUACACCACUGUAAUGGAAACAUGCAAAUAUAAAUAAUGUACGGAAACAGUAUCCAAGUUAUUUAUGCAGUUAUCUGUAUGCAGUAGUGUUAUCAAGGUAUGUUUACAGAAGCACUGCAUCAAUAGAAAAAUGUAAACGUGCAAAAUGUAGAAAACGUGUUUUUAUAAACAUAAGUUUAUAGCACUGUAAUGGAAAUAUGUAAAACUUAUGUACGGAAACAUGGUAUCAAAGUUAUUUAAAUUUAUAUUAUUACAGUGGUGUUUCUGUUAACAUAACUGUUAUGCAAAUAUAAAUAGCUUGUGUACAGACACAUUAUUAGUAUUUGUUUAAAAUCCUGUACAGGAAAAGCUUUAUAAAGUUAGGUAUUUAUAGAAAUGUAUAUAAAUUUGAUACUUUUUCUAUAAACAUGAAUAACUUCAUAAAGAUUUUCUUGUACACCACUGUAAUGUUAACGUACACAUAACUUUUAUACAGGUUUUUUUCUGUGACAAAUAUCUGUAUUUUAUGGAAAUAAUAAUUAAAAAAGAA